GUCCUCGUUCUCCUUACUGAAGUAAAUUAAAUUGCUACUACAGUAGUACAGUAACAUUUAAACAACUAGUAUGAAUUGCACAGUUUUAUUGUCCCUUUAAACAUAAUACCUUCUAAUAUUUUUAACGUAUUCUCAAUGUGACGAAAUAAUUAUAUCAAUGUACAACAGAGAGACAUAAACCUAUGUGAGAACCUGUUAGCAGUAGUGUAUCGAGUUCUCGUUAUUUUUAAAAGUUAAGAAUUUAAGCCUCAAUGCGGAGCCAUUUGCGAUUUUAAAACAUGUAUGGUUCUCUGCAAAAUAGCAUGUGGCACUAAUGACUUGUUCUUAAUGUGAAAAUGGGGUUGUGGUACACGUCGGGACAAAUAAACUGUUGCACUGCGAUUUGUACUGUUAUAUCAUUUGUUAUCUGAAGGAUACGGUAGGUUGGAGGGUGUGCAGGUUUAUUUUAUUUUAUUUUAUUUUGAAAGAUUAUUCAGUUGCCUGCGCGAUAUUUUGUAUAAAAGAUUACGCAGGCCUACGGAGCAAACUAUAUCAUUAUAUUGUGUGGUAUGUUAUGGUCAUAUUAGCGGAACCAUAGAAAAGGUCACGGUGAGGGUUAUAGGCUCAGUGCACCAGUUGAACUAGGGUCACCACUAUGUCCAAAUUUCUGCAAGAUUCAAGCUUCGCCAAGGAUUCUAACCCUGGUAGCGUUGGAAAAAAGCGAUGGGGAUUAUGGGUAACUGGAGUGGUAGGAGGGACAUUGAUAGCACUUUAUGCUGUGGCCACUCCAUUUGUAAUCCCAGCCCUCAGGAAGAUCUGCUUACCCUUUGUUCCAGCAACUCCAGCUCAGAUUGCAAAUGUACUAAAGAUGCUACAGUCAAGAACAGGAUCGCUUGUCGACAUUGGAAGUGGUGAUGGGCGAAUAGUGAUUGCAGCAGCAAAGCAAGGCUACAGAGCCGUUGGCUAUGAGCUGAACCCAUGGCUGGUGUGGUAUUCUAGAUAUAGGGCCUGGAGGGAGGGAGUGCAUCACAACACCAGAUUUUAUAUAGCAGAUUUAUGGAAGGUCAAGUUUUCUCAGUAUACUAAUGUUGUUGUCUUUGGAGUUCCACAGAUGAUGCCUCAGUUGGAAGACAAACUUCUAAGUGAACUACAGAUCACAGCCAAAGUCAUUGCCUGCCGUUUCCCCUUUCCCACAUGGGCACCUGAGCACAUGACUGGAGAGGGGAUUGAUACUGUGUGGGCAUACGAUGCAAAAUCAUUUCAAAAUGGACACUGUGGAGGAACUUUCCCAGCCGCAGCCGAGGCACAGAGACACUGUAAUCAAAACACACAGUGAUGCAGAACUGGGCAUUUCAGUUUGUAAAUAAAGGUGAUCUUCUUUGUCCAAGGGAUUUGUUUUGGCGAAUUAUAUUUACCCAAUGGCUCUGUGAAUUGAAAUGAUCUCAGAAUGAAAGAAAUUCAAAAGAACAGAAAGCUCUAUAUGGGGCUACUCACCUGUGUAACAAAGAAUGGAGAACACUAAGUGCUGUUUUGGCAUUUAGUGUUCUUGAAAUCGUUCAAAAAUACAGCCUGAGGUUUUUCAAAACUGCAAAUGUGUGUGAAAUAUUUAUUUUGUCAAAUUAUAUUAUUUUUCAGGGCUAGUAAAACCAGACUUUAAUGUUUUUUGAUUAAUCAUUUCAAUUUGAAGAACCACUUCUUGGUGUAUGUAAUGGCAAUAUUAAUAGUUCUUAGUUGGUUGUAAAGUGUUUAAUAGCAAUAAUAACAUUUUGUCAAAUAUUGGUACAUUGGAUUAUGUAGAAGUGAGGUGUUAUUGUCUGUAUGCAGACAACUGUAUUCUUUUAAGAUGAAGCAAGAUAGGAAAGGUACAUCAUAUGUCGGAUGAUGGUGUUCUCUCGUAAAAGAAAAUCGCACAUUCUUUGAAGUGUUCAUGGUAAUUGAAGACAUUUCUGAUGCAUCACCUAUGCUGCGGCCACCUUCCUCAUCCAUCGAUCCGACCAAGGUUCUUCAAUGUACAACAGUUAUUCCCACAGCCACAUCAUAACCAUGGGUACUGCUGAAAAGCCUCUUAAUGUUACCCUGUACUGUUGAAAAUCAGACAAAUGCCAAGUUGUUUACUUUAAAUCAUAAAUGAAAAUAUGAGAAAUGAAAAAACAGUUCCUGUGCAGUCCAGGUAAAAUGACUUUGCAAUCUGAUUCAGUCAGUUAGGAGAACCUGAUCUAUAUUUCAAAAAUCCAUGUUGAUACCUGAUGUCUUUUUUUUUUUUUUUUUUUAACACUGCAAAAAACAAACAAACCAAAAAAAUCCAAAUCAUGCAGAGCUUGCUUUUUUUUUACAUGCCGAGUAAAUCUGUGGUUAAUGUGUUCCACUGGUUAGUAACUGAAAGAAAAUGCUGUGACAGCAGAUUGCGAGUUUGAUCCCUAGGUUCUGAAUUUAAUUGAUGUCUUGACCCCUAUCUGUGUUUAGCUUAGCUGUCUGACAGUGUGUUCCAUCUCUGCAGAAACAAGCAUCUCUUCAGUAAUAGUUACUGCUCUAUGAUGAGCCUUCUUGGGUGCAAGAAACAACGCAGACGUGAUCACAGCACUUCUAUCUGUUGAUCACCUUGCCUGUUACUUGACUGUAUCUGCUGGUCACCUUGCUUGUUACUUGACUGCUGUUUUUAAUUCGGGAAACCCUAAGUAUGCUGCACACAAGCAAGAAAAUAAACAAACCCUAAAAAGUGAGUCCAUCAUUUUUGUUUGUCAGUUUAUACAGCAGGCCGCUGACUUGCCAAGACACACACUGAAAGAGAAAUGGGAGCAUUCAAGUAAAACAUGUUUAUGUUGAAAAAAAAAAA